CUUUAUCAUUGGAGGUCGUUAGCCUGUGCGUCUAACCAAUUUGAAUUGCCGCGCUGGCACUGCUAACAGUGCCUGUCAAGUCGUUAUAGCACCGUGUUGCUAUAAACUUUCCAAUGUCUGAGCAUUGAAGUAAAAUGGAAAUACCUGUAUCUGACUUCUGUUUUGGAAUUACUUGUAAGGUUGAACAACCAAUGGGGUUGGAUGGUGUGAUCUGCAAAUCAUCAAAUAAUUUAAACAUUGGGCUUGGAAACUACAUAAAAGGUGGGUGAUUACGUUUAUACUAGUGCAACGGAUUUACCCAUCAACACGUUAUAAGAAACUUAUACGUAUACAUAGAAAAUUUUUGAGAGAAAUAUACUGAUGCUUGUUAUGUAAUCAGACGCUUUCUCAAAAAUUAUGAUGCACUUUUAUGUCAGUCUGUUCAUAUCCGAAAGUCCAUUAACUUAUAACUACUAACAUCACCGGUCACUGUUCAACCUCAUUGUGCCAAAUGAAUGAGUCAAGCGGAAGAAUGUAAUUAUGAUAACACUAUGAAUGACAGCCUAAUAGAUAAUAAGUUGGGAAUUUUACGAGAUAAUCAAUCGUUGUAUUUGGAGGAUAGUUUUAAACAUAAAUAUAACUCUAAUGAUGGUCACAUUGUUAAUGCUCAUAACCGUAUUAAUGGUGGUACAACUGUUAAGCGACAUCAAAUUUCAUCAGUACAAGAUUCUGAAAAGGGACUGAAACUGUCGUGUGGUUUUUGCAACAAGACGUUUUCAACAAUUACUGGACGGGACCGUCACAUUAAAAGCAUUCACAAAAGAAUAAAAUAUUCAUGUAUUAAAUGUGACAGAAAGUUUUCAAGUAAAUUCCAUUUAAUUGAACACAAGAAAGUUAUUCAUGAAGGUAUUAAUCUUUCAUGUGAUGAAUGUGACAGGAACUUCACUACGAAAUCCCAACUAACUAGACACAUACAAUCAAUUCAUCAAGGAAUAAAAUAUCCAUGUAGUCAAUGUAACAAAAAGCUUUCUACGAAAUAUGAUUUAUAUGUACACAAAAAAGUUAUUCAUGAAGGAAUAAGACAUCCUUGUAAUCAGUGUGAUAGAAGGUUUGGAUCUAAAUCCAAAUUAAAUGAUCACAUAAAAGUUGCUCAUGAAGGUAUAACUUUUCCAUGCGAUGAGUGUAGUAAAAUAUUCUCUUCGAAUGGCGCUCUUUGCAGACAUCUACAAUCCGUUCAUCAAGGAAUAAAAUAUCCAUGUAAUCAGUGUGAUAGAUUAUAUACAUCUAGAUUUCAUUUAAAUGAACAUCUGAGAGCUAAUCAUAAAGGUGUAAAAUUUACCUGUGAUCUGUGUAACAAAGAAUUUGCUUAUAAAGUAGGCUUAGAUGAACAUAAUAAGAAUAUUCAUGAAGGAAUAAAGUAUCCAUGUGACCAAUGUAGUAAAACGUUUUCGUCCAAAUGUAUGUUAAAUAACCACGUGAAAGCUAUUCAUAAAGGAAUAAAACUUACUUGUAAGCAAUGCGAUAGAAAGUUUAAUUGUAAAUCCAAUCUAAACUUACAUGUAAAGUCUGCUCAUGAAGGUAUAUUUUUCCAAUGUGAUGAAUGUGAUAAGAAGUUCACUGCGAAAUGUCCACUAAAUAAACACAUACAAUCAAUUCAUCAAGAAGUGAGGUUUGCUUGUGGACAAUGUGACAAGAAAUUUACAAAACAGAGUACAUUAAAUGAUCAUGUUAAAGUUGUCCAUGAAGGCCCGUUAUUCAUUUUAGAACUAUGUAUCAGCCAUGAAUGUAACAAUUUUCUUGCACAAAUCGCCUUAGUAUUUUUCGUGCUUGCUGAAAGGCGGCUCGAGGUGAAGGAUCUAGGUCGCUCAUAUUCUUUACUUCUACCCGAUUCUCAAUUGAAAAGUUAUACAAUUGUCGAAGAACCAGUAGAGUUAGAUGACCUAGUUAUAAGGUCGUCACAGGAAUUAGUCUCAAAAGAUGUAAAUGUUGUUCCUGAAAAAUGUAUAGAAGAUGAAUGUGAUUCCGAUAAAGCUCCUGUUGUUGGCGAUCUCGUUACAGAUAGAGGUGUGGUUUUUAUCAGGACAAAUCAGAACCCUAUCCGACAAAAUUCUGCAAAGGCAAUUAAAUUGUCGCAUGAUUUACUCAACAAGGAUCUUUCAAUAGAAACUACUCGUCAUCUCCAUAUUAAGACUGUUCAUGAAGGAAUAAGAUAUCCAUGUGUUCAAUGUGAUAAAACGUUUACAAGGAAAUCUCAUCUAAAUAAACAUGUGAAAUCUAUUCAUGAAAGAAAAAACUAUCCAUGUUAUCAGUGUGAUAAACAAUUUACAUCUAGAUGCAGUUUAAAUAUGCCUGUAAAAGUUACUCAUAAACGUUCGAAAUUUACUUGUAAUGUGUGUAACAAAGAGUUUGCUUUUAAAGGAAAUCUAAAUAGACAUCACAAGAGUAUUCAUGAAGGAAUGAGAUAUACAUGUAAUCACUGUGAUCGAAAGUUUAAAACAAACUCUGAUUUAAAUGAACAUGUAAAAGUUAUUCAUGAAGGAAUAGUAUAUCGAUGCGAUCAAUGUGAUAGAAGGUUUUCAUCUAAAUCCAACUUAAGGGAACACCUGAAAAGGGUCCAUCCAGGGGUGAGGUUUCGUUGUGAACAAUGCAGUAGAAAAUAUUUAAAAAGAAGAGAAGAAUUUUCAUCUGUUUAG